AUGUUGCUCUAUGAUGUUCCUAAACUUGCAGCAACGUCGCGACCAAGUUGGCAAGUUGCAGCCGCCAUCAUGUUGAGCGUGCGCAUGGCUGUAGCCUGCUUCAUGAUGGUGUCUGACUGUGAUGAGGUGUACAAUUACUGGGAACCGGUUCACUUGCUCACGCAGACACACAGAAAAGACACCGCGUUUGAGACGUGGGAGUAUGUGCCGCAGUAUGCGAUCCGGUCGUGGGCGUAUGCUGCCAUGCAUGCUAUUGUACCAUAUCUCGUUACAAGAAUGUCUUCAUUGCCGCCGUAUGCUGCGUUUUAUGCGCUUCGGUUUGCACUUGCAGUUCUCUCGUCCGUGUCAGAUGCUCUCCUGUAUGAGCAGGUCGCUCGAUACGUCCACGUGCGUGUCGCCCGCUAUCUCCUUGUAUUCUUGACUGUUUGUGCAGGCAUGCUCAGUGCAUCCACGGCGCUCCUUCCAUCGAGCUUUGUCAUGUACACGACAAGUGUGGCUAUGGCGUUUGCUAUGCAGCCAGCCUCGACGCAAGCGUGGCGUCGCACGUUCUACACGACAGCUGUCUUUGCUUUUGGAGCUUUGGCUGGAUGGCCCUAUGCGAUCAUCUUAGCCGCACCGUAUGUGUAUGAAGAACUGUGCCUGUGUGGAUCAGAUCCAUCUUGCGAGCACACGAGGCGGCUGGCGCGCUGGUUGCGUGCUGUUAUGUAUGCCUCUCUGCUAGCUGCGCCUAUUAUCUUGAUUGACACUCUCGCGUACGGUCGAGUCACAGUGGCACCACUCAACACCAUCCUGUACAACGUCGCGAGUCGCGCACGGGGUAUUAGUCCAGAGUUGUAUGGUGUUGAGCCGCCUUCUUACUACGUGGUGGCACUGGCUCUAGCCUUCUCGAUGGCAGCACCACUCGCGCUUGCUGCUUUGCCGAUGAUUGCUAUUACAGCGGUCCGAUAUCCAAUGCGCUUUAGGCCUAUGACAUCAGUGACAACCACAUCCACCAAGACAGAGAGUGCGAGUCCAGCGGCGUCUGCACACAACUCGCACGGCUCACAACGUGCGGUUCUGCUAGCUCUGCGAGUGCUCCCACUGUACCUGUGGCUCGGUUUGCUUAUGACACAGCCACACAAAGAAGAGCGAUUCCUGUACCCAGCAUACCCACUUGUGUGUAUGAAUGCCGCCGUGACGCUAUACCUCGUACGGGCAUGCAUGGAACAAGCAUACUUGAGCAUCACUCGCUCACCGUAUCGCGCGUCUCGUACGAUGCUAUUCUCAGCCGUCACCGUUAUGCCCCUGGUUGUGACGGCUGUGCUGGGCACGUUGCGGAUCAUGGCGCUCAUCGAGUACUACCGUGCGCCCUUGCAGAUUGGACAUGCCGUGUCGCAGAUCCAGGGCGAACACACACUGUGCUAUGCGAAGGAAUGGCAUCGCUUUCCAUCCCAUUUCUUCGUCCCGCGCGAUAUGCAGGUGGCCUUUGUCGAAAGUGAUUUUCGCGGCAUUCUGCCUCAUCAUUUCCACAAAGCUGCUCCGACGAGGCAGCCUGGACCACACGUGUCGUCGCUCUUGCCGCGCACACCUUUCGAGUCCAAGUUGCUCCAUGCUCUUGAGUAUGCGACACCCGUUCUAUGGCCCUGGGCCAAAUAUACGCGUACAGUGCCGGCGUCCGUGAAUGAGCGGAAUCAGCAUGAGCCUGAUCGCCAGUGA